AUGGCUAGCACUUCGCAGCCUUCUGGUCCUUCUCCUGGCUUGUGGUAUAUGAUCAUGGUUAGCCGGUUCGACGGAACUGACGCCAGACGCUUCUUUAAUGAAUUUGAACUGCCUCCUGACCAUAGACUAGUUUUAGCCACCUCUUCCAAUCGGCCCCAUAAUCCGCCGAUCGGCACUGUUUGCUUCUUCCGCGACCAAUUCGUGGCCGGUCUGCGCUUCCCUCUACACUCUUUUAUCCGGGAGGUUUGUAAUUACUUCCGCAUUCCGCUCGGCCAACUUAUCCCUAAUUCCUUUAAAUUACUGUGCGGCGUAGUAAUCCUUUUCAAGCUGCACGACAUUCCCUUAGCCCCUAGAAUUUUCCAUUACUUCUACUAUCCCAAACAAUCAGAGUGGGGCACUUUCCUCUUCCAAUCGCGGAUCGGCCUUGUCUUCUUCGAUAAGAUGUCGACCUCGAACAAGCACUGGAAGGAAAGUUAUUUCUACCUUCGCUUUCCCGAACUGCCAUCCUUUCGCACCCAAUGGCAGACCACUGUGCCGAGCCCGCCUGACCUCGGCAAAUAUAAGAGCCAGCCGGAUUAUCUUCAUGCGGCCAAUCUAUUAGCCGGUCAGAGGUUCAACAUCAACAAGCUACUCCACGAAGGGGUGUUGUAUAUAUUUGGCUUGAGUCCGAUCCGAACGAAGCUCCCGAGCAGCAUGGCUGACAUCAUGUGGCGCGCUAAGGUUGCCGAACGGCUGAAGUUGAAAGCCGCCGAAAUGGAAGCGGUGGUAGCCAAGGAGAUGGCUGAUCUAGGCAUCGCGCCAGUCGGCUCGCAUGAAGACGAAGGCAAAGGCACUCCAACUGAGGCCCGAGAGUCUGCCGAUCAGGUCACCGCAACUGGAACGACAGGGGAUGCUAUUUCUUCGCCCGAUCAGCAACCUACAUCUGAGGACGCGGAGCGGUCGGCAGGCGAUUCCCCAUUGAUAGUACGCAAGCGCCGCCGGAUGACCAUUGCGCAUGCUGAGCCGGUGAUUGGGCCAGUCGACGCCCCCUUCGAGACGCCCGACCCGCUACCCGCCGCGCAUGAGGUCGUUUCUUCUGAUCGGACUCCCUCCCAGCUCGACCAGCCAGCAGCUUCGACUGGAGCGCCACCCGUUAGUUCUGUGCCCCGGGUCCGACUUCGGCUCAAGCGCUCGGACAUUAUUUCUGCGCCGAUCGAUGAAUUAUCCAGCCGAGCCGUUUCUUCCCAAUCGGAUCCGAGCGGUCGUCGAGUGAUCCAAUUCGUCCUCCGUCUUCCCACCGAGGAGUUCCUUUUGGCGACGGAUCAGCCCAGUGCUCCCGAGCAUCAAGUUACUAUUUGA